UAUCGCGAAUUCACGUUCGUGCGCUCCGCGAUCACUAAAGCCAAUUCAAAAAAAGUUAUUUAAAAAUCCUGGCCGAUUUAAAUGAACUACAGCCAAAAUAAAAAAAAUAGAACGUAAUUUUUUAAUCUAUGCAUUAGUCAUCAAAGUCAAUAACGAAUCUAUGAAGUGUUUUUCUGUGUAAUAUUUUGUAUUAAAUAAUGGCGGAUAUUGAAUGGACUAACGAUUUAAUUAUAAGAUUGAUUACGGAGUACAAAAAGAGGCCGGAACUUUGGGAUAGUCAUCACGAAUUACACCGAGUGAAUACAGCAAAAUAUGAAGCGUGGUCGGACUUGGCGAAUAUCUUCGAAUGCGAUAUCGCCGACUUGAGAAAGAAAAUGAAUUCUAUAUUCGCUUCGCAUCGGCGCGAGAAGGCGAAAGUGCGUUGCGGGGGACGGUCGACUUGGUUCCUUUACCCGCAUAUGAAUUUCUUACCAACACAUAUAGAAAAUGUCGAAACAAGUCCAGCGAGUGAACGGCGGAAACGCAUCUUGAAAAUACCAGUCGAAGAAAUAUCAGAAUAUUCAAAUAAUGAUAACACAGAUAUAGACGAUAAUUACGAACCAGAGACACAAGAAGAAAUCGUCAUCAAGACAGAACCGACUGCAGAAUAUACAAAAAUCAAAGCAAGACAAGAAGUAAAAAACACAACGACUAGAAAAUCUAAAGUGAAAAAGGUUAUAAAACGAAGAACAGUCAAAGAUCACAUUGACGAAGAUAGAAAUAGCUUAAUAGAAACUUUACGAUUACUCAGAAGAUCAAAUUUAUUGAAAAAGAAAGACGAAUGUGAUAGUUUUGGAGAAUAUAUCGCUGAUUCAUUGAGAAAACACGACGAGAGAACACAAUCAAUGAUAAAACAAGCUAUAAAUAAUAUACUAUUCGAACAAGAAAUGAAAAAAUACAGUACAAAUCAAUAUACAGUAGUGAUACCUGGUAUAGAUGAAAAUCCUCUAAUAUUAACAGAAGAAAACGGUGUGAAGUAAUCUGUGAUUAGUGGAUUUCGUAGUGCGACAGUAUAUUGGUCUAUGAGUGCGACUAUAUGUGUCAAUACAAAUGUCACUGUAGUUAUAGUCCCACAAGUAUCUUUGACAUUGACAAGGGGGCGCCUAUAAGUAUUAAGGGUUACCAGUGAACAAAAACUUCUUCCUUGUUGCAACUCCUAGCAAUUGAUUUGCAACUUAUGAUCUGAGUUCAAGAAGUGAUGACUUACUAUUUAAAUUGAUACAUCCAAUUAAAUUAACAAAAUAAAUAAUAUUUUAAAAUUAUAAAAUGACAACAUAAAACCGCGCUGCUUCCGCUCCCUUAUUGGUCAAAAUAUGAAGCUGUCAAAAUGAAAUGGUUAGUUUAUAAAAUUUCUGACUGUCAUACGAUCCUUGUGGAACUAUAUAUAU